AUGUCAUUCCCAAGCAGCGCCUCACAAACACCGCUUCAGAACCCAAGCACGCCGCCGCCUCCGCCGCCCAAACAGCCACAGCUAAACAACGAGCCGCUCCAGCUAGCCAACCCGCCCUCCACCCCUCCGAAGGAGCCUUUACACUCGCAAGCACAGCUCGACAGCGAUACAGGAGUCACCACGGGUACAGUCUCAGGCCCAGGAUCAGGCCGGUCAUCUACCAUUCCGAACCAGCCUAUAUUCGAGCAGACACAGCCCAAUCCACCGACGAUAGAAGACAGAUGGAUUCCAGACAUAUUACAUGAUAAGUCGACAACGGAUUUACAUGCCUUACUAUCUAAUCCGUCCUUACUCUCUGCGCUAGCAAACACCCAUCCAGCAGCAACGUAUGCAUCAGCCAACGUGGAAAAACUGAUAGCGACAAACACCUCUCUUGCCUCACACCUACUAGAGCUGCAGUCUCAUCUGUCUGCACUCCGAGCGUCGACUGAGUCAUUACUCCUACAGCAUCAGUCGCUCGAGGUCUCGUGGCGCAAGAAGCAGACGGAAAUGGACGCUGCGUUGGAUCCGUGGUCGCCCAAGGCGUUGUACCAGCGUCUUGUGGGUGCGGUGGCGGAGCAGGAGGCUGUCUGUCGGGCCGUGGAGGAGAGCUUCUUGGAGGAAGAGCAGCGUGGUGGAGGGCUGGCGGGGGAGAGGGAGGUUGCGGAGUGGGUUAGGCGGAUUAGAGCUGAGGGAGGGAAGUUAGAGGCCAGAAGGGAGGCGAGAGCGCGGUGGGAUGAAGGGAGAGUAGGAGGGUGGAGGUAG